CAUAUACGACAGACGAUGUUUCUUACCUUCGAUGAAGUCAACACAGUCAAGAAAAAAAAGAGAAAGAGAGAAAGAAAGAUGUUUCUCAAGCUACGAGCUAGCGAGAAAUUUCUAGACCUCCAUUUGACGACUGGGCUUCACGACUGGGACAUGAAUGAGGAGAUUAACCUGACCACGACGACAGACCAGUUCUCUCAGGAUGAAAUGAGGAAUGAGCAGUAUUUGGCGCAGUGGCAUUAUGCCAGAAUCUCAAGAAGAACUUUACCUGAAGAGCUGCAUCAGCUAAGCCCUGCUAAUUGUGAAGAAUCUGUAAUACAGCCAAAUUUGUGGUUGAUGGUGAACCCCUGUCUGGCCUGCCCCAUCAAAUACCCUGUUAGAGACAAAAAGCCAUCUCUUCCAAAACUAACAAUAGACAGAUCUGCGUCAGGUCCUGCCCUGGCUGUGCCUGGACAAAACCUGCACCUGCUGCCGUUGUCUGAUGAAACCGGUCUGGAUGAAUCACUGCAUGACGCAUCUCUCUCGAGUGAAUAUCAGCUCACAGAUGAUGACGCGUCCUCGGAGGACGUGGCAAUCCGUCAUAAGGUGAAAGGUACCCGGAGGGGUCGAGCCCCCAAGGAGCCAUCGUCACACAGGCUGGGCCUAGCUCAGAGCAGGAGGCUGCAGAGAGUACUGCAGGACAGCCGCAACCUGAAGAGCGGUGCCUGGCCUCGGCCGCCCGUCAAUUACUGCAUCCUCAUUGCCAUGGCACUGAGCAGCAGCCGCUCCGGCAGUCUGAACGUCCAGCAGAUCUACAACUUUACCAGGGAGCACUUCCCUUUCUUCCUAACGGCGCCCGAAGGCUGGAAAAACACCAUCCGCCACAACCUGUGUUUCAGCAACAGCUUCAGAAAGACGCCGCAGCAGGUGACCGGUGACGGAAAGAGGAAGUCCUGCCUGUGGCACCUGACACUGGAUGGUCGGAGAAGACUGAGGAAUGAAAUCCACACGCUCACAGCAGACUCAUUCAGAAUGCUGAAGAGGAGCAUGAACUACCCAGAUAUGAUUCAAGCGCUGUUUGAGUUGUAAUCUGGCUCAGGAGCCUGAAGGAUUAAAAAGAAGACCACAUUUGUUUGUGAUCAUUGUACGCACUACACUACUUUUCUUUGUGUGUUUAAUUUUUCUGACUUGCUGUGUUACAUUUAUGCUUUAUAUAAUUUUUUUUUCUUUUUGGAAAAUAAAUAUACUAUUAUCUGCA